GCCCGUUUCAUAGCCACAGCUGGUGGCGUCGCGUUCGAGAUCAAAACGAAUCAACCUGAGUCUCAGUGAUUAUUGUGGACAAUCUAAGUGCUCUGCUGUACUACGGACAUGCUCUGGAUUCAUUGGCGGCUCUAAACGAUGUGAUGUGCCGCCUGUGGCGGCGGCAGGCUCUAUGGGCGCUGGCGCUGUUCAGCUCGCUGGCGCCCGCGCACGCCGAUGGUAACAUAGGUUGCUUAUUCAGCGCAUCCUUAUGUGUAGAGGGCGUGGAAUGGUGCUACGACGAUUUCGCUUUUGGGAAGUGUAUUUUAAUCUACGAUGAAGAACAGGAGGAUGGCGCCCUCUACAAAUACGACAUGAGCACAGAUCAACUGCAAUGGUUUGAAGACGAGCUACAACGAUUGGCUUCCCGUGGUUAUCGCUGGGAGCAUGCGUACACGCAGUGCGAGCUGCAAGCCAUGCUUUACGCGCUGAGACAAGGGUUAGAUCGGAAUGAGGUGAAUACUAAAAUUUGUGAACAAUUCGUUGAUCCGAAACUUACUUCAGAUUCCGUUGUAGACGAAGAUCAAAACUUGGAGAUUGAACCAGAUGAAACAGCAUUUGUAAGAUUCACUCCAAAUUCAGCAAAAGAAGACUCUGAUUUCGCCAAUGAAGUUUAUAGUCCACCUUUUACACCUGAUGACGACCCUACGCCAUAUCUUAUACCAAAAGAUUUACCCAUCACUGACGACGAAACACCAAGUGAUAAGUUACGUGAUUUACUAAUGAUGAGUGACGAUUCACCUGUAAUUGUACCCUUUGAAGGGUUUAGAGAAAGAAUUCAAGCUGAAAAGGAUUUAAACAAUGAUGAUACCGGUCCAUCCGUAUUGAUUGACAAACAGAAAAAAUCACUUCCUGAUGAUAAUCAAAUCUCUCUUGAUCGUAAUAUCUAUCCUGAAGUAGACGGUUUAGGCGUCCGUUUUCGUAAAUUCAAGACCAAGGCACCCCCUUACACAGCUGAGUACCUAAUGGGCAACCGAUUUUCUCCACUGGAUGCUGAAGUACGUUCAAAUGCUUUAGAAAAGUAUAAACAAAGUUUUGCGGAGAAAAAUUUCCCGUUUGAAUAUGAAGACAGUGAUAUCCAAGAACCAAGGAUUUAUAUAAAUGAAGACGGUGUGGAUGAGAUACCUUUCGAUACUGGCAGUGGAGAACAUGAUCCUUAUCAUAUACAAGAUAACAACAUGAAUAGUAUGCCAUCAAAACCAUCAAAGAAUAUGGAAUAUCUUUUGAACUAUUGGCGGGAAGUAGUGAAUUCUAAAUUAAAACCACAUGGUGCUCUCUACGCGGAGGGAGGCCCGCUGAAAGCCGAUGAGAUACAGGGCGAGUCAGGUGAAAAUUCCAAUUUUUAUUCCGAGGAUAUUCAAGAUUUUCUUAAUAAUGAGUGGGGCUUUAUGCGUAGGGAAAGAGACGAUGUUAAAAAGCCCGGGCCGCGCCUGGACGCUAAAACGUUAAAGAUUUUAUACCACAAUAAAUCAGUGACAGCACACGGAUCGCCAGAAGCACAUAAAGCGGAGCACGAUGGAGGCCAUGACCAUAAUGAUUACGAUUACGACCCUUCGUACGCGUACGUCCUUUUCAAAAAUAGGUUCCUUACCGACUGGGAGAAGGGUAUAACUUUCAUUGCGAGACUCGAAGAAAUGCUUGGAUUAGAAAAGAAUACUUUCACAAACCCUCGUGUUGACCCAGGUGAAGUGACUUUCAAAGUGGAGAAGAAUAGCAAAGGAUACGACGCAGUAGAUGUCGCUCGUCGAGUUGAUGUCAUCAAAGAAGACUUGCGACGUGAGACAGGAGCACAGGUCCUGUCAACCGGCGUGGGAGAUCGGAAACAUUUUCAGAGCAAACGCCCCGUAAUCCGCCACAUGGGUGCAUCCGACAAUCUGUUCUUUGGCCUGGAACUGCCUGUUCUUCUUGCUCUGGUGGGAAGUCUGACGGUCCUGAUUGUCGGAGCUGUGGUGUUCGCGGUGUUGGUGAAGAGAGACAUGAACUCGAAGAGGAAGAUGCAGGGUCUGUCCUCAGCAGCCGAUGUGGAUGCAGAAGCCACGAGGGAUUAUCAGGAGUUGUGUCGAGCCCGCAUGUCGGGCAAGUGGCCUGGGCAGCAGACCGCCGCCGCGCCCCCGCACCCCUCGGAGCCCCCUCAGAGGAUCACCUCUCUGUCCCGCGAGCCCGAUGCCAACUCGCCUUCCACACGAUCCAGUACAUCUUCAUGGAGUGAAGAACCUGCGCUAACUAACAUGGAUAUUUCUACUGGACACAUGGUUUUGGCUUACAUGGAAGACCACCUGCGCAACAAGGACCGUCUCGAGCAAGAAUGGCGUGCGCUCUGCGCGUACGAAGCGGAGCCCUGCGCCACCACCGCAGCCCUGAAACAGGAUAAUACCGGAAAGAAUCGCUACGCUGAUGUGUUGCCCUACGACCACUCUAGAGUCUCUCUGAAUACCCUGUCCAAUCAUCUCGGAUCUGAUUACAUCAAUGCUUCAACCAUAACGGACCACGACCCUCGUAACCCCGCGUACAUCGCAGCCGCUGGGCCGCUGGCCCACACAGCCCCCGACUUCUGGCAGAUGGUCUGGGAGCAGGGCAGUGUGGUCAUGGUCAUGCUGACCAGGCUUAACGAGAACGGGCAGCAGCUGUGCCAUCGCUACUGGCCUGAGGAGGGCUCCGAACUCUAUCACAUCUACGAGGUUCACUUGGUGAGCGAGCAUAUCUGGUGCGACGACUACCUGGUGCGCUCCUUCUACCUCAAGAACCAACGCACCGGCGAGACCCGCACCGUCACGCAGUUCCACUUCCUCUCCUGGCCUGAGAACGGAGUACCGGCAUCCACUAAGGCGCUGUUGGAAUUCCGAAGGAAAGUGAAUAAAUCCUACAGAGGACGGUCCUGCCCAAUCGUUGUCCAUUGCAGUGAUGGAGCAGGCCGAACUGGAACAUAUUGCCUAAUUGACAUGGUCCUAAAUCGUAUGGCUAAAGGCGCUAAGGAGAUUGACAUCGCAGCCACCCUGGAGCACAUCAGAGACCAGCGACCGCGCACUGUCGCCACCAAACAACAGUUCGAAUUUGUUCUAAUGGCCGUGGCUGAGGAGGUUCAUGCCAUACUGAAAGCGUUGCCCGCACACCUACAACAACUCCAAGAGAAGAGGGACAAGGAGAAAGAGAAGGAAAAAGAAAAAGAGAAGGACGGCAACGACAAGGAGAAACCCAACAAUUAAUAGACCGCUUGCGCAGACUGGACGACGAAACUUUUGGUUAACUGACUUGCAAUUAUAUGUUAUGUAUCACUCAAGAUGAGAUUGAUUGAGAAUUUCGCUCACUUUUUAAAUUAAUUGCUUAAUUUUAAAUUGUAAUUUAUGCCAUUUCAUAGAAGAUUAUAAGUAAUAAACUGGUAAUAAACGAAAUUUUGCAAAGUAUACAAGUGCGUCAUCAUAAACUUUUUUUAAAAUCUCUUAACUUGGGUUGUGGGUUGUGGCACCCCGUAGACCUCUCACCAACGUAUCCAAAUGGCUGGAUUGGUUUUAUAAUAGGUACACUAGUUCUUUUAUUUUCCUUUCAUGCGAGAUUCUCAAUAUAAAUCAUUUUAGUGAUUGUACUUUAAAGCUUUGUUGUGCUAAUUUAAUUUCCUAAAGCAUAAAUGUAUAUCAAUUACGGGGGUAAUGUUAUAAAAUAAUCUAGAAAUUUCGUUAUUGGAUCUUUCGUGAAAACUACAUUCACCUUUAUAUCGGAAUCAGAAGAAUACUUUUAUAAGUUAGUCUUAGUAUAUUUUUUUGACAUAAUGUUGAAAGUAGUUUUAAAGAUCCAAAUAUGUUAUAGCGCUGCAUGAUUUGUAGCCGCAAAACUGGGCAUUUAUUUUUCUAAUAAGCUCUUUAUCAGCAGAUUUCAUAUUUUCAUAAAAGUUACAAACUUAGACUAAUUUUAAUAAGAUUACACGUUUUAUAUCCUUCCUUUAUUUUGCCUACUAGAUUUUCAAAAAGAGUCAAUUCUGAGGGUGUCUUUCUACAUUGUAAUUUAGUUUGCAUGUAUUUUUUAUUUCGUCAAUUAAAUCACGUACCUAAGCAGCCUAAGUCUUUAUAUUAGUGAUUAUUAUUCCUUUAUUUACUAGCGUCAUAUCUUAACUGUUGCUAUAUAUAUGGUAAAAUUAUUAUUAAAAUGUUAUUGUAUUGUUAUAGCGACUUAUACCUAACAUUUGAGGAUUCAAAAUUUAAGACCAAUGCAUACAAUGAGAGUACCUUUUUAAGAAAUUUUUAAUUCUUACAUCUAUAUAAUAUUUACACACGGCCCUAAGUUAGACCUUUUGUCUUGACAUAGGUGGGUACAAAUCGUUAUCGGGCAUAUAAUGCGCGUCUCUGUGGAAUUUAUCUAGUCAAAAACUUAAUUUUAUUGUUUCAAUGUUACUGCUUUUACCGUUAGAUAUAUAGCCCUAAUUAUUUACGUUAAUGCAUAUGGAUUGUGUAUAAAAAUCAUGUUAAGUAGGUACUUAUUUUUGCAUAUAUAGGUACCUAAUGAUUUAUUUACAUCUAUUGUAAUGUAACACGUACUUUAAUCUUAGAUAUAUAAUAUACAAACGACUUUGCCGAAUCAUAUCCUAAAUGAACGGAAUACCUGAAAUAUGAAAAGUAAUCACCUUAUACAUACUUCUGAGAUCAAAAUGAAUACUUAUUUACAGAAAGUAGCUGACGCAAUAGAGUUAAUAAUACGUAUAUAUAUGUAUUAUGUAAAAGAUUUGUAUAAGAUUAUAUUUAUUGCAUAUACGGGAAAAUGUAAAAAAAAAUAUUACCUACCCACUAAAUUAUGAAUGUAGUUUAGAUUUAAGAGAAAUAUAUUUAACCGUAUUUCUGUAUGAAAUUAUAUGUAGUUUUUAUGUGAAUGAUUGAAUAAUGGAUUUUGAUUAUUAAAUUGUUUUAGGGGAUAAGUAAAA